AAGACCCAAAGAAUAUGAGUUAAUAUGAGUGAAUAUGUUAUUCAUUAAUGAUUUAGCAAGUAAACAGAUCACUGCAUAAAUUAAUUUUCGAAUGCAAAUGAAUGAUUGAAUAAUAUAAUGAGUGAUUAAAUGAACAAAUUAAUAAAUUUACAAAUUUCAUGUAUGAAUGAGUGAAUUUCAAACGUUUUGCUGCGUUAAUAAAUGACCAAUUUAGUGAAUAACAAUUGGAUGAGUAAUUGAGAGUGUGAAUUUAACGAGAUCAAUCGGUGGACAAUGCCGUACAUGAAUUAAACAAUUAUAGAAUCAGCCAAUGAUUGAAAAUUAUGGGUGAGAUCAGCUAAAUUGACUGCGUAAAUAAUUUUUGUACUGUAAUGCAUCAGCUGAUGAAUAGCACGAGUGAACGAGUUUAGACAAUGAUAUGCAGGAAGAGAAAUUUGGCCACUGCGUGAAUGCAUGAAAAUAUUACAGUACCCAAUCAGCUACUGAGUCGGUUAAUGAUUGACUUGGUGAAUGAGUGAAUUGUGAUUUGGUGAAGGAUUGACUCGGGGAAUGAUUGACACGGUGAAUGAGUGAAUGAAUGUCUCGGCGAAUGAGUGGACGAAUGACUCGGUGAAGGAAUGAUUCGGCGAAUGCGUGAAUGAAUGACUCGGUAAAUGAUUCAUACGGUGAAUGAGUGAAUGAAUGAGUCGGUGAGCCAGCCCCGCCCACGGAUUGCGCGACUGCUGCGUGACGCGUUACCCCCCCCACACACACCACAGACCCUGCUGCUGGUGCCGGAUGCUGCGGUGCGAGGAGCGAUCCAUUAUCAGCAGCAGCAGCCGCAGGAGGAGGCGAACAGCCAGACACAGACAGCUUGUUCCCAGCAGCACCAUCGCGGACCAUCAUCUCUGCUGCUUGCGGGCCCAGCGCAUCGGCUACGGGAGGAACGCGACUCGGCCAUGCAAGGAAUGGCAAGCGUGGGAGGAGGAUGCUGCUGCUGAUGAUGCUGCUGCUGAUGCUGUUCGCUGUGAACGCUUGGGAAUGACGAUGCUGUUGCUGAUGAUGAUGAUCGAGGCGGGUAGAGCAGCAGCAGGUCUGUGGCCGUGUCGCCUCGCCAGGCAGCAGCCGUCCUCGGUGCUGUGUUGCCCGGCAGCAGUUUGGUCCGAGGGCAUGAUUUGAUUCGUCUGAGACUGGACGAGUUGAUGGAGUGACCACUGAUUCGUGGUAAUGCUGGUGUGACGAGCAUAUGGUCGUGUUGAUUCCGUCAAAUGGAUUUCGUCAGCCCGAUCUGUGCAAUUCCAGCGUUCGUUUUAUUAGCUGCACGCUCCCAUUUGGGCGCACUCUCUGCGGUCUAUCAUCAUCAUCAUCAUCGCCAUCCUUAUCUCGGCACGUAUCGUCACCCUCGGUAAUUUAUCGCAUGGUUAAUAUCGUCAUCAGCAGCGUCAUCAGCAUCUUUAUUCAAUGUCACUGCCAUCACGUCCAUAUCGUUUCUGAUAUAAAAAUCAUCAUCCAUCUGCUUUUUAUCACGAUCGCCAUAUUAUCAUAUAUUAUGUCUAUAUCAUCAUCAUCAUCUUAAUCUUCAUCGUCAUAAUAAUAUCAUCUUAGAUUAGUCCAGAUCCUCGCCAUCAGUGUUAACUUCAUAUCAUCAGCAUGGAAUCUACUGGGUCCGUAUAAUCGCCAUCAUCAUAUCAUCCAUUGAAUCGUCGUAAUUAUUACCAUCUACUGCGCCAAUAUCUAUAUCACGACCGUUGGACACCACCACCACCACCAUCAUCAUCAUCUUCAUCAGCGCUCGCCAGCUCCUCGCCUCCAUCAUGAUGACCCACACGCUGCAGUCCGGACUUCGCGCGGACACGCUGGAGAAGGCUCGCGUGGAGCUAUGCGAGAGGCCGGACGCCAUCCAGCAGGACAUCCAGGAGGUCAGGGACAUGAUCGUGACCCGGCCGGACAUCGGCUUCCUCCGCACGGACGACGCCUUUGUGCUGCGCUUCCUUCGCGCUCGGAAGUUUCACCACUUCGAGGCCUUCAAACUGCUCGCCCAGUACUUCGAGUACCGGCAGCAGCACCUGGACAUGUUCAAGAACUUCAAGGCCACCGACCAGGGUAUCCGGCAGGCUCUGCGAAACGGCUUCCCAGGCGUGCUCUCGCACUCCGAUCACUACGGCAGGAAGAUCUUGGUCAUUUUCGCCUCCAACUGGGACCAGAUCAGGUACACCUUCGUGGACAUCCUUCGCGCCAUCCUGCUCUCCCUGGAGACCAUGAUCGAGGAGCCCGAGUUGCAGGUGAACGGCUUCGUGCUCAUCAUCGACUGGAGCAACUUCUCCUUCAAGCAGGCCUCCAAGCUCACGCCCGGCAUGCUCCGGCUGGCCAUCGAGGGCCUGCAGGACAGCUUCCCGGCGCGGUUCGGAGGGGUCCACUUUGUGAACCAGCCCUGGUUCAUCCACGCGCUCUACACGGUCAUCCGGCCUUUCCUCAAGGAGAAGACUCGCAAGCGGAUUUUCCUGCACGGGAACAACCUGACGAGCCUGCACCAGCUCCUCCACCCCGAGAUCCUGCCCUCGGAGUUCGGCGGGAACCUGCCCCCCUACGACAUGGGCACGUGGGCACGCGCGCUGCUGGGCCCCGGCUACGACGACAACGACGCGGAAGGGGCCGGCGCGCCACGCGCCACCGUCGACGGCGGCGGCGGCGGCGGCGGUGGUGGCGGCCUGCUGAUCGUGGGCCGGCCCGGCGCUGCUGAGGAGCAGGAAGACGGCGGAUGCUGCUCGCAGCGCCACAUCAAGCGGUCCCAAUCGGUGGUGGAGCGUGGAACCCUGCAAAGCGUCGACAAAGAGGAAGACAACACCCAGCCACUUUUAUCCCUCGACUGAGUGCCCGGCCGAUUACUUCACCCACAGCCAAUCAUCAUCAUCAUCAUCGUCGUUGCUGUCGUCUCACGGGAAUGACGGAAAAUCCACCGCUCUCAGGCCGGAGUCUCGGCAGCUGUCGCCGCUGCUGCUGCUGACCGA